UGGUAAUAUAGAAGAAUUCUGCAGGAUCAAAAGGGAAAGCGACUUGGGGGAAGGCGGCUUCAGGGUUGAGACUUGAGACUCACACGCGCUCUCUCUCUCUGCCCUGAAUCCUCUGAUAGCUCGCAGAGUCAACCAAUGGCUUGUUCAUUCUCCCCUGGCCCUCUUUAAUAUCGGCACUACAGAGCACACUCCUAUCUCUCUCUCUCUCUCUGUUGCCGCGGGGAAGAAGAAAGGAGGGAGAAGAGAAAUGGUGGGCAGGGCCUUGGGAAGCUCUGCAACUCCUCUGUGGAUGAUGAAGAGAGAGGUGAGUGGGUCGUGGUGUUGAUGAUGAUGAUGCACGGGCACGGUGGGGACGUUCAUCGGAGAGUAGGGGCAGCGGGGAAGGAGGCCGUUAAUCUUUUGUGGGUCAACACGGAAAGCGGCGGCGGCGAGAGGGAUGGCGUCCGGGAUGACUCGAUGGACGGCGGCCUCGAAGCGGGGUUCGGCAGGGCAACCCAGCAACAGCUCGACUUCGACGACUUCAGGAUCGACGAUCAGUGGCUCCUCGACCCGAGCAUGAUCUCCCUCCAUGACAAGAUCGGCGAGGGCGGUCAUGCCAAGGUCUACCUGGGCCGGUACAAGAAGGCUAUCGUGGCGGUGAAGAUAAUAAAGCCGGGCGGGACGGCGGCAGAAUUGACGAGGAGGAGGGAGCGAUUCUUGCGGGAGAUCUCGAUGCUUUCCCGGGUCCAGCACGAUAACUUAGUGACGUUUAUAGGUGCAUGCGUUGAGGACAAUAUGGUGAUCGUGACAGAGCUUUUACCUGGCGGUUCUCUCCGGGAAUAUUUCAGAUCCUUGCGGCCGGGGUGCUUGGAUUUACGUCUUGCAGUCAGUUUUGCUUUGGACGUUGCUCGGGCAAUGGAAUGCUUGCACGCAAAUGGAAUUAUCCACCGCGACCUGAAGCCUGAUAAUCUGCUUCUUACCCAGGACCGUAAGAAGGUCAAACUGGCUGACUUUGGAUUGGCAAGAGAGGAGACACUGACCGAAAUGAUGACUGCAGAAACUGGCACAUAUCGAUGGAUGGCUCCUGAGCUUUAUAGCACUGUCACACUUCGUCGAGGGGAUAAGAAGCACUAUAAUAACAAGGUUGAUGUAUAUAGUUUUGCUAUUGUUUUGUGGGAAUUGCUAACCAACCGCUUACCUUUUGAAGGCAUGUCCAAUCUUCAGGCUGCAUAUGCUGCAGCGUUUAAGAAAGUGAGACCUGACCUGGGAAAUAUCCCAAAAGAACUUGUUCCCAUCUUGGAGUGCUGUUGGGCAGAGGAUCCGAACAGCCGCCCGGGGUUUCAGCAAGUCAUUGAGAUGCUAUCUGUCUUCCGCACAUCUCUUUCUCCUUUGGAGACCACGCCGCCACCCACCAUUGUACUUGGAGGGAGCAGUUAUGUGGCAACUGAUUCCCCCGGUACACGCCAUUUGAUGGAUAAAUUACAAGAGAGUGACAUUACUGUGAUGAAGCCAGAAAAGUCCUCCCGAUUUUUUGGGUGCUUCUACGAGUGCUUUUCAUAGCAAGCACAGGGCCUUAGGAAGAUUUCCAAGGAACUUCUGCUACAGCCAGUUCUUUGCGUGGAUGAACACAUUGAACAGCCAAAAAACAAUUCCACAUUGAUCUGGGCAGAAACCAGCCGCCAGGUGCUACACAACAAGCUCCAGGGAAACCGAAGAAUCCUGCAAUGUACAGAGAUGGAAGACCGGGAAAAAAAAGUUAUUUCGGCAAUUAAAUAAGCUUGGUCGAGUUAUGUGAGUGCAGUCGUUAUGUUCAGUUGAAGCUUUACCACUGUAUCAUUUUUCAGGCUUUGGGUCUGCUUUUGCCGAAGUUGUGAUGACAAGUCACAAUGCCGUCCUGCCCAUAGACGAAGAAGAAAGAACAAGAAAGUUGCAUUCGCUUAAGGAGAGGAAGUUAUUUUGUGACAUAUCUCCCAAGCUAACCCACACAUAUCUCCCAAGCUCACCCAAGUCUGUGGAAGGCCAACAAAAUGCCUUCUUGUGCUAACUGGUGUAGGACGGUUUAGUGAUGGGAAAAAGUUUUCUGACGACGUUGUGGAUGAUUUUUGUUUGAAUGGGGGCAUUCAAAACAUUUCCCUGCCCUAGGGUUGUCCUUUCCUUUCCAUCAGAGUUGCUACGAUGGCUUUUGUUGAGUGGCUUCCCCCUGUUCUCCAUAGUAGAAAAUUGGAUCUUCUGCUGUUCAAGAAAAUUUGCAAAUGGUUGGAAAAGGAGAUCAUAUUCAUAGAUGUCCUUUUUUAGUUGAUCUGUGCCAUGUGUUCGAGUGCGGCUCGUGUCUUACUUACUCAUUGUACUCAUUGUGAUGUUACGAUAAAUUGUGCCCUAGCAGAAAUCCUAAUUCUGGAGAGCAGCCUCCUCGCAUUUUUUCUA